GGGAUCACACACGGCACAGGCGGCGGCAGUCUGAACUCAAGGGGAAGCCGCGCGUCAAGCACGGGACCGGAGGCCCGAGCCGAGUCGAGCCGACUCCGCCCUGCCUCGCCUAGCUUCCGUCUCCCACAAACAAGGAGACCGAGCAGGCUGCAGCGGCGGAAGCAACCCGUGGGGGCGCGAGCGGCUCACCGCUGUGAUCCACCGGCCGGCGAAGCGGAGAGAAGAGAAGAGGCUGGGGGUGGAGAUUGGAGAAUACGUGCAGGCGGGGAGAUGUCGGACGCGCUGAUCAACGGCCUCGCCGGCGCCGGCGGCGGGAUCAUCGCCCAGCUCCUCACCUACCCUCUCCAGACCGUGAACGCGCGGCAGCAGACGGAGCGCGACCCCUCCAAACCGGCAUUCAAGGACGGCACCGCCCGCCAGUUAUACCUGGUGGUGAAGCACGAGGGGUGGGAGCGCCUGUACGGCGGACUCAUGCCCUCGCUUGUGGGCACCGCCGCCUCCCAGGGUGUCUACUACUACUUCUACCAAAUAUUCCGGAACAGGGCGGAGGCGAAGGCCCUUGAGCGAUCCAGGAGAGGGCUGGGCGAUGGGUCUGUCGGGAUACUUCAAUCUCUCACUGUCGCUGCGCUGUCUGGGUGCGUCAAUGUACUGCUCACGAACCCAAUUUGGGUUGUUGUUACACGAAUGCAAACUCACAGAAAGGCAAACAAACAGCAAAACACUCAGGGUUUGACGUGUGCUCUUGGCAAGGACCCCCAAUCUGCUAUAACUGAAAGCACCCCUUACAAAACUAUCGAUGUUUUUCAGGAACUUUGCAAAGAAGCUGGAGUGUUGGGCUUCUGGAAAGGGGUAAUUCCAGCUCUUAUUAUGGUUAGUAAUCCCGCGAUUCAGUUCAUGUUGUAUGAGACUCUUCUGAAGAAGCUGAAGAAGAGACGGGCCUCGAAUUUGAAGGGAGCUGAUGGACUAACUGCUCUUGAAAUUUUUCUUCUUGGUGCGGUUGCAAAGUUUGGUGCAACUGUCGUUACAUAUCCUCUUCUAGUUGUUAAGGCAAGACUUCAGGCAAAGCAAAUGAUUGAUGAUGACAAGAGGCAUCGCUACAAAGGUACAUUUGAUGCAUUCACAAAGAUGGUACAUUAUGAGGGUCUGAGAGGGAUGUACAAAGGAAUGGGCACAAAAAUUGUGCAAAGUAUUUUUGCUUCUGCUAUGCUUUUUAUGAUCAAGGAGGAGCUGGUGAAGGGUGCUCGAUUACUGGUAACUGGUAACACCAGUCUGGUUAAGAAAUUACCAUCAAAGCCAUCAAUAUGAUCUAGGUCUUUGCAAGUGUUAGUAUAUCGCUGUAACUCCAAUUAUUCCCAUAAAUCAUAAACAGAUUGACAAGCUAUAGAGUUCGCCUCUGUUAGGAGAUAUCAAUUGUAGGUUACACAACAACCAGUAUGAUUCUUGUAGGAUCCAAAAACUCUAUAUUGGAUAAGGUUAUUUGUAUCAUUUAUGUAAAAUAUAUUCUGGAAGAUUGAAACAAGAGGAAAUAAAGGGCAUGAUAAUUGAAUUGUCA